AUGGCGGAAUUCGUGCGUGCGCAGAUCUUCGGCACGACGUUCGAAAUCACGAGCAGAUACACCGACCUACAACCCGUGGGGAUGGGAGCCUUCGGGCUCGUCUGCUCGGCCAAAGAUCAAUUGACGGGACAGGCGGUUGCUGUGAAGAAGAUUAUGAAGCCUUUCAGCACCCCGGUGUUGUCAAAGCGGACAUACCGAGAACUUAAACUGCUGAAACAUCUUAAGCAUGAGAACGUUAUCAGCUUAAGCGACAUCUUCAUUUCGCCGCUCGAGGACAUGUACCUGGUCACCGAGCUGCUCGGCACUGAUCUACACCGGUUGCUCACUUCGCGGCCUCUUGAGAAGCAGUUCAUUCAAUACUUUCUCUAUCAGAUCCUGCGAGGCUUGAAGUAUGUCCACUCAGCGGGUGUUGUGCAUCGCGACCUUAAACCUUCCAACAUCCUCGUCAACGAGAACUGUGAUCUCAAGAUCUGCGACUUCGGUCUGGCUCGUAUCCAGGACCCGCAGAUGACUGGCUACGUGUCAACCCGCUACUACCGAGCGCCAGAAAUCAUGCUUACAUGGCAGAAGUAUGACGUGGAGGUGGACAUUUGGAGCGCAGGCUGCAUCUUCGCGGAGAUGCUCGAGGGCAAGCCACUCUUCCCUGGCAAGGAUCACGUGAACCAGUUCAGCAUCAUCACCGAGUUGCUCGGCACUCCGCCAGACGAUGUCAUCAGCACCAUCUGUUCAGAGAACACACUACGAUUCGUACAGAGUUUACCGAAGCGCGAACGGCAGCCACUUAAGAACAAGUUCAAGAACGCCGACCCACAAGCGAUCGAACUUCUGGAGCGGAUGCUGGUGUUCGACCCCCGGAAACGUGUCAAGGCCGGCGAGGCGCUUGCUGACCCAUACCUGGCGCCGUAUCAUGACCCAACCGACGAGCCAGAGGCAGAGGAGAAGUUCGACUGGAGUUUCAACGAUGCCGAUCUACCCGUGGACACGUGGAAGAUCAUGAUGUACUCCGAGAUCCUCGACUUCCAUAACGUCGACUCAGCGCAAGCCGAGCAGGCAGCCGAGCAGAACGCAUCUGUACCGUAG